AAAAUAUUUAGGUUAGUUGAGAAACAAAACAUCAACAAUCAACACUAACCAUACAUUCAAAACAGUGAAAACAAUAAUUUUCAGUGAUUACAUACCUUUCUAGAUGGAAUUAUUUUACCAAUAUGUCAGGCUAUCGUAAUCCUUAUACUGUGGAGGAAGAACGAAAAAUAUUACACUAUAUAAUUCGAAAAAAUGGUUUCUACAGAUUGAGAGGUCUACAGUUUUGGAAGGAACUCGAAAGAGAUGAACUUCCUAGUCGAACUUACCAAUCAUUGCAUGAAAGAUUCAGAAAAUACAUAAUUAACAAUAUUCGUAACCCUGCCUACGAUUUAUCAGUCGAAGAACAGAAGAAAUUGAAAAGAAUCUAUGAGGAAGGGGCUAAAGGUAAGAGAAUUCGAUCGAAAACCACCCAGAAACCAGUACCAACUACAAGAACAGAAGUCCAUGGAAAUUUAGCUAAAAAUUUUUUUGAUAUCUCUGAUUCUGAUGAUAGUGAUGAUUGUAUUGCCCAAAGAACUUCAAGAAGGAACGAGUCGCAUAUAAGAUCAAAAAAUGAUGUUUUAUCAACAGUGAGAAAUGAAGCACAGGAAGCAGAUGAAAGAAAGGUAGUAGAUCUUGAUAUGAAUCCUUCAGCCGAUACAAGAAUGCCAGAGAAUUCUGUUGUGGAAAUUGAUUCCUCUACUUCUUCAAGUGAAUCAGAAAUAUUCAAUUUGAUGGAUCAAUGAAAUUUCUGCUCAUGAAAAGAAGAUGAAGAAUUCUAAAUAUGUCCAGAUUUUGCUGAGAAUUUUCAUCUACCAAAGAAUUUUUGUUUUUAUUUUUAAUUCACUACAUGUUUUGUAUAAAUACACUUUUAUUUUUCGA